AUGAGCACCGAGUCCUACACCGAGUCCUCAAGUGGGCGUCGUCGUGAGGAGGCGGCGGAGAAGGAGGAGAAGGGCACGGCUGUAUCGGAAGCCUCCUAUAUUGUUAAUCCCGUCGGCACCUCUCUGCACCCUCCCCAAGCUUCUUCUCCCUCCACCACCUCCACCUCCACCUCUACUAAUCCUCCUCUUCCCUCGACGACUACUUAUUCCGCCGCCCCCCCUCAACUGCAUUUUGCCGAUGAUUGCAAACUCCCCUCCACACACUCGCCCAAACACACUCUCCACACCAUUCCCCAGUCCGCCACGGCAACAGCCUUCCUAAAAUCCCCCUCAUCGCUCAGUACUCGCCGCAAGCCCGUGAUAAACCCCCUCAGUGUCGACAACAUCCCCCGCCAAACAAUCCUCAAAGCGCUCGCCUCCCAGCGCACCCCAAUCCCCGUGAACAUUGCCGCAAACCUCUCGAGCGCCAUGUCACCCCUCUACCAGCCCAUGACGGGCCCCUGGUCAAACACACAGAACGACGACCAAGAAGACGGCCAAGAGCAGUUCAGCGACUGCGUCGAGCAAGUCUUUAGCCCCCCCGCAACAGCACGCUUCAUGCCCCCGGGCGGCCUCCAGAGCCCCUGCUUCUACCACCAGAGAUUCGACAACGCCGUCAACGUCGACCGCGUGCUCGAGGAGAUCGCCGGCGACGAAUUCACCUCCCACUCACGCCUCGUGCAGACGGCCCUCGGCGUCCGCGAGGUUGCACGACAGCUCCAGAGACGCACCUGUAAGAUGAACGUGAAGAACGUUAUGAUUGUGACCAAGGCGCGCGACAACCAGCUGGUCACACUGACGAGAGAGCUCGCUCACUGGCUCAUGAAGACGCCGCGCUAUGGCGCCGAUAUCGGCGUCAAUGUCUAUGUCGACAAGAAGCUGAAGGAGAGCAAGCGCUUUGCAGCGCAGACGCUCGUGGAGGAGGACCCGCGGUUCAAGGGAAUGCUGAAGUACUGGACACCCGAUCUUUGCUGGAGCAACCCGGAGACAUUUGAUCUCGUGCUCACGCUCGGCGGUGACGGGACCGUUCUCUUCACCAGCUGGCUGUUCCAGAGGAUCGUACCGCCAAUCUUGAGUUUCUCGUUGGGCAGCUUGGGCUUCUUGACGGGGUUCCGGUUCGAGAACUAUAAGGAGCACCUCAACAAGGUGUUGAAUGAGGGGAUGAAGGUGAACAUGAGGAUGCGCUUCACCUGCACGGUUUAUAGGGAGGAGAAUGGGCAGAUGAAUGAAGGGGAUCAGUUCGAGGUCCUAAAUGAACUGGUCAUUGAUCGUGGCCCAUCACCAUAUGUCUCCAACCUCGAGCUCUACGGUGACGAUGACCUCCUAACCGUCGUCCAAGCCGACGGUUGCAUCUUCUCCACCCCAACUGGCUCAACCGCAUACUCACUCUCCGCCGGCGGCUCCCUCGUCCAUCCCGACAUCCCCGCCGUCCUCCUAACACCAAUCUGCCCGCACACCCUCUCCUUCCGCCCCAUGCUCCUCACCGACUCCAUGCUCCUCCGCGUCUCCGUUCCUAAGAACUCGCGCGCAACCGCAUGGUGCGCAUUCGACGGAAAGGGCCGCAUCGAGCUCAAGCAGGGCGACCAUGUCACCAUCGCAGCAUCGCAGUACCCGUUCCCCACGGUGCUGAGCAAGGGCAGCGAGUGGAUCGAUAGUGUCAGUCGCACAUUGAGGUGGAACACGAGAGCUGCGCAGCAGAAGGCGUGGGAGGGCAGCAGCGAGGAGGAGGAGGAGGGUGCACAAGAGGGAGGACAGGGGAGGGAGAAGGUUGUCGAGUGGGAUAUUGAUACGGAUAGUGGGUGCUAUAGCGAUGGUGGGAGUGGGAGGAGUAGCCCGUUGAGGAGGCAGAUGAGUCUUUUGGGAUUUACUUAG